AUGAAUAACGAGGACUAUGGAUAUGAUUACGACUAUCUCUUCAAAAUUGUUCUGAUCGGAGAUUCCGGUGUAGGGAAAUCUAACCUGUUGUCGAGAUUCACCACUAAUGAAUUCAACAUGGAGUCAAAGUCGACCAUAGGAGUCGAAUUCGCCACGAGAACCAUAGAGGUUGAGGGCAAGAAAAUCAAAGCGCAGAUCUGGGAUACCGCGGGUCAGGAAAGAUAUCGUGCCAUCACUUCGGCGUACUACAGAGGUGCUGUCGGCGCGUUAAUCGUCUACGAUAUUAGCAAGUCUAACAGCUACGAGAAUUGUAACCAUUGGCUAACAGAGCUGCGUGAAAACGCAGAUGAGAACGUGGCCGUGGGGCUGAUUGGUAAUAAAUCGGAUUUAGCACACCUACGUGCCGUGCCAACAGAUGAAGCCAAAAACUUUGCUCAGGAAAACCAGCUGCUCUUCACCGAAACCAGUGCUUUAAAUAGCGAAAAUGUGGACCAAGCGUUCCGCGAGCUCAUUACCGCCAUAUACCAAAUGGUCAGCAAGCACCAAGUCGACUUGAACGAGUAUGGCAACAAUGCGGGACAGGCUCCCAAAGGUCCUACCAUCAGUCUAACACCAGCACCCGCCAAGAAAAAUAAGAGUUCGAACAACUGCUGUUGA